CUUAACCCGGCCUUGGCUCGCCCAGUCGACCGGGGACGGAAGUCUCAACCCCAUCCUCGACUUCCCGCGGGAACCCGGGACUGAGAGACGGGCCUUGCCCUACGGUGCGGCGGGCCUAGGCGUGCUCCGGCGCGGGCGGCACCAUGAAGCGUGCGGGGACUCUGCGCUUGCUCUCAGAUCUGAGCAACUUCAGCGGCGCGGCCCGGCUCCGGGAGUUGCUAGCCGGGGACCCAGCCGUCCGAGUUCGCUGCAGCCCAGACGGCCGCCACCUACUGUUGCUGCGACCUCCGGGAUCACCAGCCCCGCAACUGCUGGUCGCGGUGCGUGGACCCGGCGCGGAGCUGGAAAGUGCCUGGCCGCCUGGCCAGCCCUCCCCUCUAGACGCCUUCCUUCUGCCGUGGCCGGCGCGAUCGGCGCUAGUCCUAGUGUGGGAGAGUGGCCUAGUAGAGGUGUGGGGCUCGGGGGUGGGGCCCGGCUGGCGGCUGCUGCAGAGCACCGAGCUGUGUCCUGGAGGUGGAGCCCGUGUGGUGGCCGUGGCGGCGCCCCGAGGCCGCCUGGUGUGGUGCGAGGAGCGGCAGGCCGGCGCUGAGAGCCAGUUAGGGCCUCCCGCAGUGGCUUUCAGCCACUGUGUGUGCGUCAGGACCCUCGAGCCCAGCGGGGAGGCCGGCACCAACCUGGGCAGCACACACAUACUGCUGCACCACUGCCCCGCUUUCGGGCUGCUGACCUCCCGCAAGGACCUCUUCCUGGUGCCCACUGCCACCACCUGGCCUGGCUUGGGUCAUAUUCUGCUCAUCUGGAGCCCAAGCAAGGGCAAGGUAGUGGUGGCCGCCCCAUGUCUUGGCCUCUCCCACAGUAAAAGCCUGAAUCCUGGAAGAGGGGACACAUGGGACUUCAGGACACUGCUCCGAGGCCUUCCUGGACUGCUGUCCCCCAGGCAGCCAUUGACUGUACAUACCUGGGCCCCAACUCCCCAGGGCCUGAUGUGGCUUGACUUCAGGGGCACCGUAAGCCUGGUACAGCCCCACGGUGGCUCCCGGACUGUUGGCACCCUGCAGGAGGCACCUGCCAGCCUGGCAGGGUCUGCAGCACUGGGCACAUUUCAUGGCACUCUGGCCUGUGUGCUGGGCUCCACAUUGGAACUGCUGGACAUGGGCAGUGGGCAGCUGCUGGAGAGGAAGAUCCUGAGUACAGACCGAGUACAUCUGCUGGAACCCCCCGCCCCUGGCAUGGAAGAUCAGGAAGAGCUGGAGACUCGAGGGGGUCUUCGUUUGCUUUCAGCUAUGGGUCUGUUUCAAGUAGGCUGGAAAAUCCCACAAAGCCUUGAGCUGCCUUCAGCUGAAGAUAUGGUGUUUGAGGAGGCCAGCAAGUACUACCAGCGACGGAGCCUGCGGGGUGCCCAGCUCACCCCAGAGGAACUGCGACAAAACAGCACAUUCCGGGCACCUCAGGCCCUGGCAUCCAUCCUCCAGGGCCAUGUGUCCCCAUCAGCACUGUUGGCCACACUGAGGGCCGAGCUUCGGGAUUACAGGGGCUUAGAACAGCUCAAAGCCCAGCUAGUGGCUGGGGAUGAGGAGGAGGCUGGCUGGACUGAGCUGGCAGAGCACGAAGUGGCACGGCUGCUGAGGACUGAGUUGAUGGGAGACCAGCUGGCCCAGCUCAACACCAUUUUCCAAGCCCUCCCUACAGCAGCCUGGGGUGCCAUCCUCAGGGUCCUGCAGCUCCAGCCAGAUGGCAAUGGCCAUCUGAGGUCCCAAGCUCCCCCCGAUGUGUGGAAGAAGGUACUGGGGGUUACAGCAGCUGGAAAAGAACCACCCAAUGGCAUACUGCCCCCCUUUGAACUCCUGUGCCAGUGCCUCUGCCGGCUGGAGCCACAAUGGCUGCCACCCUUUGUGGAGCUGGCCCAGCAACAGGGAGGGCCUGGCUGGGGUGCAGGAGGCCCAGGGCUGCCCCUCUAUCGCCGAGCCCUGGCAGUACUGGGUGAGGAGGGGACUAGGCCUGAAGCACUGGAGCUAGACCUACUUUUGGGCAGUGGGCGGCCCAAAGCUGUGCUCCAAGCUGUGGGGCAGCUGGUGCAAAAGGAACAGUGGGAGCGGGCUUUGGAGGCUGGCCUGGCCCUCAGCCCCUCCAGCCCCCUGCUUCGAAGCGAGAUCUUCAAACUGCUCUUGGCCGAAUUUGCCCGGCAUCGUCGGCUUGAUGCUCACCUCCCCCUGCUUUGCCGCCUGUGCCCACCAGACCUAGCUCCAGCUGAACUCCUGCUUCUACUGCGGACACACCUCCCAGAUGAGUUGGAGCCCCCCGCCCCAUUCCCUGAGCCUGGGGCAGAGCCCCCUCUCACUGUGGGCUUGCUCAGAGCCCUGCUGAAGCAGACUGGGACUCAAGGACGAGCCUCUGGCCCAGUUCUAAGCUUAUAUGAGGACAUUCUGUGGGACCCAGGCACUCCACCCCCCACCCCACCUCGGGUGUCAGCCCUCCAGGCAUCAGACCACCCAGGCCUGGAGGCCUGGGCACCAUCUGGACAGGGUCUCUAUGUGACUGACACAGGCUGAAAAUUGUCUCUGGGACACAGUGAUCAGGGAAAGGUGCCUAGGAGUUGGAGGAGCCAGAGUGGGACCUGUAUGUGCAAUACUCCUCUCUUCUGAGCAGUUUAUAUAUAUAUAUAUGUAUAUGUAUGUAUACAUAUAUAUAAAAUGGUAUAAUAAACAUCUUUGGUUUUUGUCCUUAGGUUUCUGUCUUGGCACAAAGCUUCUAAAACUCGUAGAAUUUCCUGAGUGAUAUGCGUGAAAGAAGUGUCUUUGUUAUAACAAACCCCUUUAUAUCAAACCUGCAUUUAUAUUAAUAAGGUAAACUUAUACUGCUACUAAAAGUGGGGACCCCUAGCAUCAGGAUAAGGGAUGGUCAGCAGAAAGACCAAGUGGUGAAAGGGUUGAAAGUUUCAGCCCAUCCUCAGCCUCCUGGGAGGGGAAUGGGACUAGAGAUUAAGCUCUAUAAAAACUCCUGAACAGGGAAAUUUGAUGAACUGGCUUGAUGAACUCAUUAAGGUGCUGGAACAGUGAUGUACCCAGAAAGGGCAUGAAAGCCCCAUGCACAUCCCCCACACAAUUCUUUGCCCAAUACAUCUCUUCUAUCUGGCAGUUGUAUUCUUUAAUAAACCUGUAAACAUAA